AUGAAGCUCGAUGUCGCACCUUCGCUUUUUGCCUCUCUCAAGACUAUCCAUCUUCACGAUCUCUGCAGAGGUUCUCCCGAAGAAAAAAAGAAGCUCUAUGCUGCUGCCACAGAGGACGGCAUAUUCUAUCUCGAUUUCAGCGAGGACCAGAAUGAAUUCGAUCUUGCCAAUUUGACUGACGACAUCUAUAGUCUGAGCCGGUCUUUGUUCAAUAUCGGCUUGGAGGAGAAGUUGCGAUAUGAUGUUGACAAGAUUGGAGAGCUGAAGCUCAACGGGUCCGUUUCCCUCUCACUAACGACGCUACAGAUCCCCCGAAAUGGGAUCCUAGCAUUCAACCCAUUCCCCCACCCCCCAAUCCUAGGAACCAACAUGUCUCUCCUCCGCAACUUCAUCCUCACCUGCCUCGAAAUUGCCCAGCACAUUUUUGGCUCCCUAUCCGACUCCCUCGACCUCCCGGACUCGCACUCCUUUGACAUAUUCCACAGACCAGACACCCCAGCCCCGGAUAUCCUCCGCUUUCUCAAAUACGCCCCCUCCAGCGAAGGAGACUCAGAAUUCCGCGUCCCCCAGACACCGCACACCGAUUUGGGUUCGCUGACCAUGCUCUUUGCCGAUUCCCCGGGCCUACAGAUAAAGCCAGAUGGAUGCGACGACUGGCUAUACAUAAUGCCCAAGCAGAACCAUGCAGUGGUCAACCUUGGAGACGCGAUGAGUCUCUGGACAGGUGGAUUGUUCCGCAGUGUCUUGCACCGGGUGGCUUCGCUUCCUGGAAAGGGUAUGAAUGAGCGGUAUAGUUUUGCUUUUUUGAUGCGCCCGGAGAACCAGGCGCCUAUGGUACCCUUGCUUGGAUCGUCAGCUUUGCCGGUGGCUGGGGAGGAGGGUGUUUUGACGAGCGAGAAUUGGAUCAAGGCUAAGUUUGGGAUUUUGAGGGGUGAGAUGGCGAAUGAUCGGAUUCUUACUGGGCGGGAGAAUGCUAAUAUCUGA